AUUCAUCACGCUACGGCACGACCACUUGGAAACACAUAGUUGUACGUGAGCAUGUCAUGGGCAGUGGCGUGCGCUGCUUGUAUAUUGACAUUGCUGGAGUCGGCGACGAAUACGAUGGUACCAUCAGUUAUGAGUUUGUACGACGAGAGUAAACUUUUGAGCGUGAUACCGUGCAGAAUGAUUUCAGUGAUGGGUCGGGUAUGCUGCACUAGCUCAGUCUGUGCGUUUGUGGAACAGCUUCAUUUCCUGCGAAGAAACCAUCCCCUCCCAGGCUUUGCUUGGAGAGAUCUGAUCUCUAAGGCCUAAAUGAUCGUGGUUGGUUAUCUCUCGACUUCGCAACAGUUCGUCGUCGUCGCCCACAGCCCAUAGCCAUAUUCUACCGUUUGGGUGUCGUCGAAGCCGUUUGGACGCUCGGUGGCCUGGCUUGUGACUCUACUUCAUUAUGCGUCCCACUCAUCCUCCACAUCAUAUUGAAGACUGC